GGUCCUUGUCGCGAAUUGGCGUUCCCAAGUUUUCUUUUCUUUGCCGACAAGCGCCUGAUGAACCACACCAUAAAAACUUUAAAAGUUCGCGAUCUGGAUGAGUGUGAGUUGAGGUGUUACUACGAGCACAAUUGUGUCAGCGUUAAUUUUGAAAACAAAAUGGUUGGAAAUGGAAAAUACAGCUGUGAAUUGAACAAUUCUACACACGGAGAACACGAUGAAGACUUUGUGGAGGCACCAAGUUUCCUUUACCGCGGAACAAAAGUAAGAUCAUUGAAUUUUAACGUUAUCCAGUCUCCGAGCCUAUUAAUACCAUAGCCCAACGCCUCGUCCAAAGGGAAAUGGCUGGAGCUCACCCUUUGGGCUUGACUGUGUUACAAUAUUUUGCAAAGAUCAAAAAUUAAGGAGAUAGUUUCUGUUUGUGAUAACUGCACGGGAUCAUGUGAAUAUUAUGGAAUUUGACGCGCUGAGGGCCAGGUACGUCAUUUAUGAUGGCAGCCGAGUUGGCCGUCAUAUUGGAUGUCAUUGAAAAUUCAGAUUUAUCGCAAUGGAGUAAACGCAAACCAUCUUUCUUUUGAACCCCCCCCCGACUAAAUCUGACAACUACACUAGGUCUCUUCCUUUCGCCAGCCAUUCUCAUUUACUCUCUGAAACGCAAGUUUUUCUCCCUAGACAGUUUUGUUUCAACUGUAGCCGUUUUUCAGAAAUUUCACUUUAUUAUUAUUUUAAGAUCGAAAAUUUUUGUUAUUACCUCUUAAACUGCAAGUGCCUCCCAAAAGAAAGAGUUUUUUGCUACUUAAAUAACAUGAACAAUUAGAGUUGGGCUCUGCCAUUCUUUACUCAUUUUCCUUGAAUCAUGAUAAGGCGGACACCUCUAGCAAAGGUUUCGAAAAGGCUCAGAAGCAUAAAACAAUAUCUCUUUUCCAUAAUAUUUUCCCCAGAAUCCUUGUGGUAGUUCUCCAUGCAAAAAUAACGGGACUUGUCAAUCAGGAUUUACGAAGAAAGGAUAUCACUGCUUGUGUCGAGGCUGGACAGGUGCAAACUGCCAAAUGGGUAGGUCUGAAAAAUGGACUUAAUGGACGUAGUAGUUAUGAAACCACGCAAGCUGUACCGCACUUAAAAGGAAGAAACCACAUGUGAGAACAUUAAUUUGAAAAAAAAGUAUACAAUCCGCUGUAAUAUUAGCCCUGCCAUUGUCGACAAAAUCAUCACAAGCGCAACAAGCGCAGGGCCUUCCAGACGGAAGCAGCGUUUUCAGGAGCUUGUGCAUUGAUGAAAGACUUUUCCUUUUACUUUGGAGGGGAUUCAGGAUUUGCGGCACGUUUCUCUUUACUUUCACCUUCGUUUAGCCUAAAAUUCUCGAUCUGAGUUAUAAUUUGAAGUUGAGUUAAUUUUCGGUGGACUGUCGACCUGUCGUGUAAACGAGACAGUUCCACUGUCCAUUCAUCGUUUUCUUUGCAAAGUAACUGAAUGAGUCUUCUAAUAACUAUCUUCACCGUGAUGAAAACAGUCACGAGUGUAGCCAGAACGCAGAUUGUACAAACACAAAGGGAUCUUACAGAUGCAACUGCAAGACUGGAUUCUAUGGAGAUGGAUACAACUGCACAGGUAUC